AUGAGCACACUAGCUAUGAGCUUUAACCCUUUAAACAACCUCCACUAUUAUCUAGACACUGUUGAUGUACUGGCUGGGGAAAAUUGCGGCGGAAGCUUGUCCGACACAAGGGUGGUGAUCAAGCAUAGUUUUACAAACCAAGCGAUUGCGGUUGAAGACCGAUUUUGGAAAAAUAUCCCCUUCUCAAUAAGGUUACGGAGGUCGAAUUGUGCAUCAUCGUUAGUACCAGUAUGGAAUCCACCGAAGCUUCUUAGAAAAUUACCAGAUCAUUACAGUUUUAUUACGCUCAGAUGAAGGCGCUGAUCGUGAGGGCCAAAUGAAGCAAAUGUACCGUAACAAGAUGCAUGCCGGACAGCUAUGGCAGAUUACAACUCAGAACUAACAGUUGGAAGAAUUCGUGGCAUCCAAUUUUUCGAAAUACCACGAAUCCAACAUCGUUUGCCUUGCAAUACCGGCUGGUUUGUUGGACAGUACAGACAAGAUUAGCCAACAGACGCAUGUGAAAUCGCCGCAGUUGGGAGAUUUUGAGCUAUGAAGAGUUUUGUCACCAUGAAUCAGCUUGUCGGAGUGAUGUCAAGCUAUCCG